AUGACAGACGAUUAUUAUUAUUCGAAAGUUUUCAUCACAAAACCGGCUCCAUAUUGGGAAGGUCAAGCCACAUUACACGACGAAUUCAUUACGUUGAAACUAAGCGAUUUCCGAGGAAAGUAUUUGAUAUUAUUUUUCUACCCCCUAGAUUUCACUUUCGUUUGCCCGACUGAAAUAAUAGCGUUCAAUAAAAAAUUAGAAGAUUUCAAAAAUAUCAACACGGAAAUUGUGGGUUGCUCUGUGGAUUCCCAUUACACUCAUUUGGCGUGGAUGAAUACCCCUGUAAUAGACGGCGGUUUAGGAAAAAUAGAUUUCCCUCUCCUCUCCGAUAUCACCCAUAAAAUUAGUCAAGAUUACGGCGUUUAUUUGGAUACUUUAGGACAUACCUUAAGGGGAUUAUUCAUAAUCGAUAAAAGAGGAAUCGUUCGUCAGAUUACUAUAAACGAUGUAUCUGUUGGAAGGAACGUCGAGGAGAUUAUACGACUCGUACAGGCUUUCCAAUUCACCGAUGAUAAUCACGACGUGUGUCCUGCUAAUUGGAAACCAGGCGACGCAACCGUUUCCAACAAACCGAAAAAGAAAUUUUUGGAUACGGUGUACAAUGCAGACGCAUCAGGGCUUUUUUGGCGUGUGAUACCUAACAAAACUUUUAUUUCUUAUAAAGAAAAAUCCGUAGGAGGACGAAAAGUAAUUAAAGAACUACCGUGUGCUAACGCUACGGGACGAUCCAUGCUAAAGAUGGUGGUCGUUGGAAAAUCGAAUAAAAACAUUGAUUUACAUGUACACUAUUAUGGACAAAAAAGUGCGUGGAUGACAAAAGAUCUUUUCAAAAAGUGGUUUGAUGAAUGUUUCGUACCAGAAGUUAGAAAAUUGUUGAAAGAUAAUUUUCCUCUAAAAGCGUUAUUGCUUCUUGAUAACGCUCCUGGUCAUCCGUCUGAAGAAUAA